AAGCAAAAACAAGCACCACUGGCAGUGGGGUUGAGGAUCAUAAAAUAUGUACCAUUUCAGAACUUGAACUGGAUCCAAUUAGACAGGUUUCUGCUGUCACAGGUGACAGACCCUGUUUUACAAGACUCUGGCCUCCACCCAAAACCGCGGCGCAGUCAAUGAGGAACAAUGAACUAGGAGCACCUCAGUGUUCCUUCACUCGGGGUUCUUAUUGUGAGACAACCCGUUUUCAGCAUUUUCUACCUCUACAUGGCACUCUACAAAGAGGACAGCCAAGACGACACACCGGAGUGUCCAGUAUGCUAUGAGAUCCUGUUGGGCAGUGAGCGGACUUUAAGCUGCGGACAUGUGUUCUGUCACGACUGCUUGGUCAAAACGCUGGUCAGCAUUAACAGCCACGGGCUCCUCCGGGACACAAUUGUCUGCCCCAUCUGCCGACAUCUGACGUUCAUCAAGAGGCAAAAGGAAUCGCUGGUGGCAUUCUCAGCGACCAAGUAUCCAGAUGAAGAACAGAUCCUGGAGGUGCCUCUUCCCACCACGGCGACGCAGCUCCGGAGCGCACGGCGCGCCUCCGGGGGAAGCUUACUGAGCGGAGUUAACUGGAUAGUCCACUGUUGCGGGAGUAUCAUUCGACGAGUCCGUCAGGAGAGGUUAAUCGGACAAAAUCACAAUGCGUGUCAGAUCUUCAUCAUAAGUGCCCAGGGGCGACCCAUGGCAGAGGAGGAUGCGCUCGACGUUGUGAUGACAGUGGUUCACCCUCAGCGCAGGGAGAGACGCAGGGUUUGCACCACGGCUCGAUGCUUGCUCUGUUUGCUGUCAGUCUUUACUGUUCUGGCGCUGGUGGCCGCGACUUUACCUUGGAUUUUAUUGGCAUAGUGCUGCUGAAGAUGCACGGCAUACAGAUCCAAGCGGAAACGAUUCAAGAACCUUUAGGGACAAAGUUAUUGUGCAUGUGAGUUUCACUAAUCAGCAACGUAUCACGAUAUGAACUGUAUGUUCAAGUAUUUAGUUGUAGUCAUGUUGGACUAUAGCUCUGUAUUGACUUAUUAAUUUAUCUCGAUUAAAAUAAUAAAACAAA